AUGGCAACACGUCGACGCGGUGUUGGAGUAGGUGCAGUGCAGCAGAAGAAGGAUCUUCAGGCAAAAUUUCAAGCAAAAGGUUCCGAACUAGCAAGUGAACAAUUAAAUCAAUUUUCGCAGGAACUUGCAAUUUUUCAAACAAAAUUAGAGGAAUUUGCCCACAAACAUCGCGAUGAAAUUCGUCGAAAUUCCCACUUUCGUCGACACUUUCAGGAUAUGUGUGCGUCAGUUGGUGUUGAUCCACUUGCUUCUAGUAAAGGUUUUUGGGCUGAGAAACUUGGUGUCGGUGAUUUUUAUUAUGAAUUGGCUGUUCAAAUUGUUGAAGUUUGUAUGUCAACCAGUCACAUAAAUGGUGGCGUUAUGACGGUAGAGGAACUGAGAAAUCGAUUGCUGCGAUCACGAGCACGAACACGACGUGAUGCUAUCACUACAGACGACAUUUUACGUGCUGUUGACAAACUGAAAGUACUUGGUAAUGGUUUUGAAUUAAUUGCGUUAGGAAGUGGACGAUUUUUGGUGCAAAGUGUGCCUGGUGAACUUAGCAUGGAUGAUUCACGAGUUUUACAGUUGGCUGAGGAUGCUGCUUAUGUAACAAAAGAACUUAUUAUGGAUCGUCUGCGCUGGGAUGAGCGGCGUGCUGAUGUAGUGCUGGAGCAUUUAAUGAAAGAAGGAAUUGCUUGGAUUGAUAGUCAAUCAGCAGACACUAUCCAGUACUGGAUUCCAAGCCUUUUUCUACAACAACAUAGCCAUUCGAGUAGUUCAACCAGUGUAUCUGACAGUAUUGCAUCAACUCUUUACUAG